AUGGAAUUUUAAAAUAUAGGAAGAAUUUGUACUGUCUAAAUAUGCCAUAAAAAAAAUUUUUUACCAUUUAAAUGCAAAUUUUGUUUCGCACCUUAUUGUUAAGAUCAUUUUAAAGUAGACGAUCACGGUUGUAAAUAAAAAAAUAAUUUAGCAAGUAAAGCUAUUUCUUGUCCUUAUUGUUUAAAAACAGUUAAAUAUUUAGGUUCAUUAAAUGAAAAUGAAGCAUUGGAUAUACAUUAAGCAACUGAAUGUAAUCCAGAAGAUAUAGAAAAAGUAAUGAAAGAAAAAAAAAGUGUAUUUUGUGAAUCUGAAUAGAAUUUUGUUAGAGAAAUUUGUAAUGUAUGUGGUAAAAGCUUUAUUGAUUUUAAUGAAUUGAUUUAACAUGCAGAAUAAACACAUUAUAUUUAAGGCUGA